AUGGAGCUCAGUGAUGCAAAUUUGCAAACAUUAACAGAAUAUUUAAAGAAAACACUUGAUCCUGAUCCUACCAUCAGACGUCCAGCUGAGAAGUUUCUUGAAUCUGUAGAAGGAAACCAGAAUUACCCACUGUUGCUUUUGACAUUACUGGAAAAGUCUCAAGACAGUGUCAUCAAAGUGUGUGCCUCAGUAACAUUCAAGAAUUAUAUUAAGAGGAACUGGAGAAUUGUUGAAGAUGAACCAAACAAAAUUUGCGAAGCUGAUCGAGUGGCUAUUAAAGCCAACAUAGUGCAUUUGAUGCUUAGCAGCCCUGAGCAGAUGCAGAAGCAGCUAAGUGAUGCCAUUAGCAUUAUUGGCAGAGAAGAUUUCCCUCAGAAAUGGCCUGACCUGUUGACGGAAAUGGUAAAUCGUUUUCAGAGUGGAGAUUUUCAUGUUAUUAAUGGAGUCCUUCGUACAGCACAUUCAUUAUUUAAAAGGUACCGCCAUGAGUUUAAGUCAAAUGAGUUAUGGACGGAGAUCAAACUUGUUUUGGAUGCUUUUGCUUUGCCUUUAACUAACUUAUUUAAGGCCACUAUUGAACUCUGCAGUACCCAUGCAAAUGACGUCUCAGCCCUGAAGAUUCUGUUUUCUUCCCUCAUACUGAUUUCCAAAUUAUUCUACAGUUUAAACUUUCAGGAUCUUCCUGAGUUUUUUGAAGAUAAUAUGGAAACUUGGAUGAACAACUUUCAUACUCUUUUGACAUUGGAUAAUAAGCUUUUACAAACUGAUGAUGAAGAGGAAGCAGGCUUAUUGGAGCUCUUAAAAUCUCAGAUCUGUGAUAAUGCAGCACUCUAUGCACAAAAGUAUGAUGAAGAAUUUCAGCGAUACCUUCCUCGUUUCGUCACAGCCAUCUGGAAUUUAUUAGUUACUACAGGUCAAGAGGUUAAAUAUGAUUUGUUGGUAAGUAAUGCAAUUCAGUUCCUGGCAUCAGUUUGUGAAAGGCCUCAUUAUAAGAAUCUAUUUGAAGACCAGAGCACUUUGACGAGCAUUUGUGAAAAGGUUGUUGUGCCUAACAUGGAGUUUCGAGCUGCUGAUGAGGAAGCAUUUGAGGAUAAUUCUGAAGAAUAUAUAAGAAGAGAUCUGGAAGGAUCUGAUAUUGAUACUAGACGCAGGGCUGCUUGUGAUCUUGUGCGAGGAUUAUGCAAGUUUUUUGAGGAACCGGUGACAGGAAUCUUCUCUGGUUAUGUCAAUUCCAUGCUGCAGGAAUAUGCCAAAAAUCCAUCUGUCAACUGGAAGCACAAAGAUGCAGCCAUUUACCUCGUGACAUCUUUAGCGUCCAAAGCCCAAACACAGAAGCAUGGGAUUACACAAGCAAAUGAACUUGUAAACCUGACUGAGUUCUUUGUGAAUCACAUUCUCCCUGAUUUAAAAUCAGCAAAUGUGAAUGAAUUUCCUGUCCUUAAAGCUGAUGGUAUCAAGUAUAUUAUGAUUUUUAGAAAUCAAGUACCAAAAGAGCAUCUUUUAGUCUCUAUUCCACUUUUGAUUAAUCACCUUCAAGCUGAAAGUAUUGUUGUUCACACUUACGCAGCACAUGCUCUUGAAAGACUGUUUACUAUGAGAGGGCCUAAUAACACCACUCUCUUUACAGCUGCAGAAAUCGCACCGUUUGUUGAGAUUCUGCUAACAAACCUUUUCAAAGCUCUCACACUUCCUGGCUCUUCAGAAAAUGAAUAUAUUAUGAAAGCUAUUAUGAGGAGUUUUUCCCUCCUGCAAGAAGCCAUAAUCCCAUACAUCCCAACUCUCAUCAGUCAGCUCACACAGAAGCUGUUAGCUGUUAGUAAGAACCCAAGCAAACCUCACUUUAAUCACUACAUGUUUGAAGCAAUAUGUUUAUCUAUAAGAAUAACUUGCAAGGCUAACCCGGCUGCUGUUGUAAAUUUUGAGGAGGCGUUAUUUCUGGUGUUUACUGAAAUUUUACAAAAUGAUGUACAAGAGUUUAUUCCUUAUGUCUUUCAAGUGAUGUCUUUGCUUCUGGAAACACAUAAAAAUGACAUCCCUUCUUCCUACAUGGCAUUAUUUCCUCAUCUCCUUCAGCCAGUGCUUUGGGAAAGAACAGGAAACAUCCCUGCUCUCGUAAGACUACUCCAAGCAUUCUUAGAACGUGGCUCAAGUACAAUAGCAACUGCUGCAGCUGACAAAAUUCCUGGGUUAUUAGGUGUCUUCCAGAAGCUGAUUGCAUCUAAAGCAAAUGACCACCAAGGUUUUUAUCUUCUCAACAGUAUAAUAGAGCACAUGCCCCCUGAGUCCGUCGACCAAUACAGGAAGCAAAUAUUCAUCCUACUGUUCCAAAGACUUCAGAAUUCCAAAACAACAAAGUUUAUCAAGAGUUUCUUAGUCUUUAUUAAUUUGUACUGCAUAAAAUACGGGGCAUUAGCACUACAAGAAAUAUUUGAUGGUAUACAACCCAAAAUGUUUGGAAUGGUGCUGGAGAAGAUAAUUAUUCCUGAAAUUCAGAAGGUGUCUGGAAAUGUAGAGAAAAAGAUCUGUGCAGUUGGCAUAACCAAAUUACUAACUGAAUGUCCCCCAAUGAUGGACACUGAGUAUACUAAGCUAUGGACUCCUUUAUUACAGUCUCUGAUUGGCCUUUUUGAGUUACCUGAAGAUGAUACCAUUCCUGAUGAGGAACAUUUCAUUGACAUUGAAGAUACACCAGGAUACCAGACUGCCUUCUCACAGUUGGCAUUUGCUGGGAAGAAAGAACAUGAUCCUGUAGGUCAGAUGGUGAACAACCCUAAAAUCCACCUGGCACAGUCACUUCACAAACUGUCGACUGCGUGUCCGGGAAGGGUCCCUUCGAUGGUGAGCACCAGCCUCAAUGCAGAAGCCCUCCAGUACCUCCAGGGCUAUCUCCAAGCGGCCAGUGUGACGCUGCUUUGA